AUGGUUCGGAUAGAACUUCAAAGAAGAUGUCUUUCGCCUAUGGAAAAACGAAAACGAGACGUUCUUGUCCCAGUUGCUGCAGCAUUUACGAUAUAUGCCAUCACCUUCGGUAUUGCGGAUGCAAUCGAUAUUGUUCCAGAGGGUUUCCAAGAAGCUUUGCACGACAAGAUAGAAGGACUUUUCGGGGUCGCAGAUGGGAGCGGGGGAUUAGAUAAAGUUGGAAACACUUAUGAAUCGUUUAUCCUGGCCGAGGCUGCUACACCUUUGACCAAUGCACUUGUACAGCAUGGGUAUAAGCCAGGGUGUCCACCACCACUACCUCCAAGGCCGAUGAAGAAAGAUCAGUAA